AUGGACAACGAUAUUUGGAGAAAUUCUGAGAGACUACGCCUAAGACAACUUAGAGAUAGCUGUGAUCCCUUUUCUCUAGAUGAGAUUAAAUUUAGGGAACAUUUCAGGAUUCCCAAGGCUUUGGCAUUGGAGUUUAUUGAUGAGUUGUUGCCCUUUAUGAUUGAAGAAGAUGAUGAUUUGGGAAGCAUUCCUUACUAUUUGAGGGUAUUAAUUGCGCUGCAGUUUUUCGCAAAAGGUUCGUACCAAUCUGCAGUAGGAGCACACAAUAUAUGCAAUGUGAGCCAACCGACGACAUCCCGGUGUAUUAAUCAAGUAUCAAAAAUAAUCGAUGAGAACAUUGCAAAGAAAUACAUAAAAUUUCCGGUAGAUGCUGCAAGCAAGGCUGCUAAAGCAAUCCAGUUCCAGGAGGAAUUUGAUUUUCCAAAUGCGAUUGGUUGCAUCGAUUGUGUUCAUAUCACGAUUGUUGCUCCUUCAGAUAACGACUCGGAUAGACCAAAACGACUUUAUCGCUGCCGCAAAAAUUUCUACUCAAUCAACGUCGAAGCCAUAUGUGAUGCUCAAUUGCUAUUCUUGUGGGUUAACCCAAGGUUUCCAGGAAGUACACAUGACAGUGCUAUUUGGAGGGUAAGCCCAGUUAGGGAAAAUCUUAAAAAUUCCUUCAAUUCUGGCGAGCAUUACUUCCUCAUUGGAGAUUCAGGGUACCCACUUGAGCCGUUUUUAUUCACACCUUAUCCUGAGCCUCAAUCAAGGGCAGAACUGAAAUACAACAAAUUACACAAAAAGGCUCGGAAUUCCGUGGAGCGUGCAUUUGGUGUGCUCAAAGCAAAAUUCCGUUGUUGUCUUAAACACAGAGUGCUACACUAUCAUCCUACUACUGCCGCCAAAAUAAUCAAUUCAUGUUUCACAUUGUAUAAUUACCUAAAAAUUCAUGGAAUUGAUAUGGAUGAUGUUGAACCAAUUUUUGAGGAAAUAACUCCAGAAGAAACCCCAACAUUAAUCCCAGAAAACGAAUAUUAUCGUACAGCGGUUCUUAACAGGAACAAUUAUUCAUUCUCGUUGUUGUAA